UGUUUACCUUCUGCUGUUUCAGGCCCAGCAAAAAAAAAAAAAAAAAAAAAAAAAAAAAAAAAAAAAAACCAUACCGCAUAAUUCUUUUUACCCAGCACCCGAGUUACAACUUCUCAGUUUCCAUUGAGGGACCGACUCCAACCAUCCCUUCUUUCACUCGAGUCUUCCUACCACUUCUUGCCCUCUGUCCGGGGUGAAAGACGAAGGAGAUAACGCUCGCUACCAGUACAUAAUCCCACCACAACCAUCAUAAUGAAGUCGGCAAUUCUGUCAAUAGGCGCUGCUGCCUUGCUGGGCGCUCAAUCCAUACUUGCUGCCGAUAGUCUCAAGUGCUCACUCGAUAAGCAUUGUCCAAAGGAAGCACCUUGCUGUGGUCUCUACGGCGACUGUGGAACCGGAGCAUUCUGCCUUGGCGGUUGCGAUCCGCGCAUGUCCUUUUCUCUCGACUCGUGCGUGCCCGAGCCGACGUGUCAGAGCAAAAAGUACACCUUCAACUCCAAGGACAAUAUUCAGGAUGUCGGCGAGUACCUUGGUGACGCAAGCAAGGCCGACUGGGCCGUCACGGGCGAGCCCCUCUUCUCCAAUGGAAAUAUACUCUUGACGAUGCCACCACGCUCCGUCGGCACCGUCCUGUCGUCGACACAUUACAUGUGGUACGGCAAUGUCAAGGCGAAGAUGAAGACUAGCCGAGGCCGCGGCGUCGUCACUGCUUUCAUCCUCUUCAGCGAUGUCAAGGACGAGAUCGACUACGAAUGGGUUGGUGUCGACCUGGAGACAACCCAGACCAACUACUACUUCCAGGGAAUACCCAAGUACGACCAGUCUGGCAACAUCACGGGGACUUCAAACACGUUUGACAACUUCCACGAGUUUGAAAUCAAUUGGACCCCCGACGAGAUCACGUGGUUGGUUGACGGCAAGAAGGGUCGUACAAAGAAGAGGUCGGAAACGUGGAACGCUACCGCCCAGCAGUGGGACUUCCCUCAAACACCGUCGCGCGUUCAGUUCUCCAUCUGGCCAGGAGGUGCAGAUACCAACCCCAAGGGCACAGUCGAUUGGGCCGGCGGUUCCAUUGACUGGGUUAACCAUCCAGACUUGAAGAACCCGGGCUACUACUACGCCAUGGUUUCCGAGGUCGAGAUUAAGUGCUGGGAUGGCAGCAAUGGCGUCGGCACCAACAAGGGCAAGACGUACUAUUACAACAGCCCCAAGGGUACCAACGACACCGUCGUUGACAGUGACAAGAACGGCAUCCUGUCAUCGUUCCAGGCCACGGGUCUGGACAUGAACAAAGGUGCCGACAAGAGCGCCGACGCGUCAGCAACCGGCAGCCAAAUCCCUUCGGUCCCCGGUGGUAGCGGUAUCGGGCCCGGCCAGUCUGGUACAAACCAGGGCGGCGGUACGGCGCCGCAGCCGGCCGACGACUGCUAUUCAAACAACUUUAUUCAACAAUGCGGUUCCAGCGGGUCGUCCAGCGGGUCUUCCAGUGGUUCCUCCAGCGGUUCAUCGAAGAACGCGGGUGGUAGAGUCGAAACCCCCAGCAUCUUGGGCGGGAGCAGCGCUUUCGCCGUCGUGGUGGCCUUUGCAGGACUGGUGAUGCUGUAAAAAAAAAAAAUCAACACAAAAGGCAAAGCUUGAAAAGUCGACAAGUCUCGUUGUUUCGAUUGGUAUGAAUCUAAUGCACGCAUAAGGAAGGGAGCAAUUGCUUUGUUUUGAAUUACGAUUUUGUCUGCGUGCGAAAGUACGCUGGCCUUUUAAUAUUUCCCUCCUCUCUGGUUGUUGUUAUAACCUUGUACCUAAUCUUUUUCUGGACUGCUGGCGUCCAAGGCGCUCGGGUGGAUUCAUCUCUUUCAUGCUCUAUACUCUUUACGUCUGCCUGGUUUAUUGCUAGUUUUAAAGAUAUAUAUAGUAUCUUAUUUCUCUG